UUCCAGGGUGGUUUUGAGUCCUUCGUUGAUCUAUUUAUUAUUUAUACAUCCAGAGACAGAGCCAAAUCAAAAUACCAAGUAGUAAAGCAAUUUGAACCUUGAAUCUGCUCUUAACCUUUAUUAAGAAGCUUCAAAUUUAGAUUUUCCAGAAACAAGAAAUGACUUUCUUCAGAGGUAUCUUGGGUGCAAAGAAGCUUAUCGGCUUUUCUGUAGAGACUACAAGCAAAAGGACAAUUUCAGCACCAAAGGGGUUUCUUGCGGUGUACGUCGGCGAAAACCUGGUCCAGAAGAAGAGAUAUUUGGUGCCAAUCUCAUAUUUAAACCAGUCUUCAUUUCAAGCUCUUCUCAGUAAAUCUGAGGAAGAGUUUGGAUUCGAUCAUCCAAUGGGUGGCUUAACGAUCCCUUGUCCUGAAGAUACCUUCAUCAAUGUGACCUCCCGGCUUCAAUGAUGAUGUACUCAAAAGAAGAAGAAACUAACAUUAGUUAGAGAUAAAACUAUUCAUUGUAAAUAGGUUAGAUUUUUCCCUCUUUCUUUGUGAGAAAGUUGUGAGACGUAUACAUGUUUGUGUUUCUGGUAGACACAAACUAGAUAGAUCAGUGAAUGAUCUAAAAUAUUUUGAAAUAAAUGUGGAUCAUUUGAGAAAACAGAGAUUCACAAGGUUUUGUCUU